AUGCCAACGUUUCGGUUUUCCUUAAAGUUUCUUUUCUGGUAUUUUGGUAUUUUCUGCACAAGUGAAACAAUAAAAUAUACGGAUAGUGUGUGA